UCAAUAUACGUCAGUGUGCAACUAGCCGGUCUUUGAUUUACUCGUCCCUACGUUCGCAUACCUAACAGUGGCGACGAUUACCCGCGUUUGAUAUAAAAAUAAUAAUAUGGCAAGUUUCGGGAUUUUAUCGGUUUUUGAUCGCGAUUUACAGACGUGGCAAACUUAUAAAAACAGGCUCGAACAAUGGUUUAUUGCGAACGAUGUCAAGGACGAGGUGAAGAAGCGGGCUAUUCUCCUCAGCGCACUCAGCGACGGUACCUACCGUCUAGCGGCGGAUUUGGCGUUGCCCAAACAGCUGCCGAAUUUGCCCUACGAAGACAUCACCAAAUUGUUAGAUGACCAUUUCACACCCAAAAGGACUGGGUUUGGAGAUAGAUACAAUUUUUAUACGGCGACACAAAAUAUUGGUGAAACAUUUACACAGUUUGCGGCAAGGUUGCGAGGGUUGACCGCGCAAUGUCAGUUUCUCAAUGUGGAAGAGGCUCUGAGGGAUCGGUUCUUAAUGGGGAUGCUCUCAGGACCAGAGAAGGAGAAACUUUUCGCGCAGGACUUCCAGGUGUUGACGUUAGCGAAAGCAGCAGAAUUAGCGGACAGCAUGCGGAGCGCACGAGCGGUUGUAACGGCGGCGGCGGCGUCGACGCAGGGGCCGACUCACUCCGAUCAGAUGUUCAAAAUUACAAAAAGUGCUAAAAACGUCGACAUAAAUAAAGUGCAGUGUUCGGUGUGUGGCUAUAAUAAUCACGAUUCGUCCAAAUGUCGGUUUGCAAAUUACAAAUGUAAAAAAUGUAACGAAAAAGGCCACUUGCGUCGCAUGUGCAAAAAAAUGAAUUAUGUCCAAUGUGAAGGCAAGUCGGAGGGUGCUGACGACGAUGUCUUUGCAGACUAAAGCAUACGGCGGCAAAAACAAAGAAUGUUAUAAAAAAGGAAAUUAUGUAUUGUUUAAAAUUAGUAAUGGGAAUAAA